AUGCAAGGUAGUCAUAGGAAAGGUCACUCCCCUCUCAGCGCCCACAGCACUCCCCUCUCAGCGCGCACAGCACUCCCCUCUCAGCCCCCACAGCACUCCCCUCUCAGCGCCCACAGCACUCCCCUCUCAGCGCCCACAGCACUCCCCUCUCAGCGCCCACAGCACUCCCCUCUCAGCGCCCACAGCACUCCCCUCUCAGCGCCCACAGCACUCCCCUCUCAGCGCCCACAGCACUCCCCUCUCAGCGCCCACAGCACUCCCCUCUCAGCGCCCACAGCACUCCCCUCUCAGCGCCCACAGCACUCCCCUCUCAGCGCCCACAGCACUCCCCUCUCAGCGCCCACAGCACUCCCCUCUCAGCGCCCACAGCACUCCCCUCUCAGCGCCCACAGCACUCCCCUCUCAGCGCCCACAGCACUCCCCUCUCAGCGCCCACAGCACUCCCCUCUCAGCGCCCACAGCACUCCCCUCUCAGCGCCCACAGCACUCCCCUCUCAGCGCCCACAGCACUCCCCUCUCAGCGCCCACAGCACUCCCCUCUCAGCGCCCACAGCACUCCCCUCUCAGCCCCCACAGCACUCCCCUCUCAGCGCCCACAGCACUCCCCUCUCAGCGCCCACAGCACUCCCCUCUCAGCGCCCACAGCACUCCCCUCUCAGCGCCCACAGCACUCCCCUCUCAGCGCCCACAGCACUCCCCUCUCAGCGCCCACAGCACUCCCCUCUCAGCGCCCACAGCACUCCCCUCUCAGCGCCCACAGCACUCCCCUCUCAGCGCCCACAGCACUCCCCUCUCAGCGCCCACAGCACUCCCCUCUCAGCGCCCACAGCACUCCCCUCUCAGCGCCCACAGCACUCCCCUCUCAGCGCCCACAGCACUCCCCUCUCAGCGCCCACAGCACUCCCCUCUCAGCGCCCACAGCACUCCCCUCUCAGCGCCCACAGCACUCCCCUCUCAGCGCCCACAGCACUCCCCUCUCAGCCCCCACAGCACUCCCCUCUCAGCGCCCACAGCACUCCCCUCUCAGCGCCCACAGCACUCCCCUCUCAGCGCCCACAGCACUCCCCUCUCAGCGCCCACAGCACUCCCCUCUCAGCGCCCACAGCACUCCCCUCUCAGCUCCCACAGCACUCCCCUCUCAGCGCCCACAGCACUCCCCUCUCAGCCCCCACAGCACCCCACAGCACUCACCUGCACGGCCCCCCAGACCCGCCAGGCCUCUUGCUGCUUGGGCGGGGUAGGUGGCGCGGAGCAGAGCCCCGGCACGCCCAUGUGCGCCUGCAGCACGCGCACGUACAGCGGCACGUGCGGCAGCAGCAGCACUCGCACCUGGAGGGUUGCACAGGGCAGGGGGUUCAAGAGCAAGAUGACAAGGCGUGA